AUGCCUUCACAAGCUCAAUCGGGCGCACCACCCAUGGCUGCUGUGGCUACCAGAAGAAAACGUUCCAGUAUCGGGUCAAUUCUAUCAUCCUUCAAGUUAAAGUCAGGGUAUGUCAGUACACCUACUUCAACUAAUUCAUCCAGAAAAAAUUCAAGAACUAGUAUAUCUUCUACCGAUGAUCAAUGCUCAAAACAACUAUCUCUCAAUCUCUUAGAAGAUACAAUAACAUAUUUUAGCAAGUUGGAAAAUAAAAAAGUUCCUAUCUCAUUAUUGCUCACUAAUGAACAUGACUUAUACACAAACAAUAUCGAUCCUACAAGUAAAGCAGGUAAAAAAUCGUUCCUGCAUUUUGUUAAUACUAACGAAUCAUCUGAUGCUAUUGCAGAACGGUUGAUGCAAUGGGACAUACAGAAGCCCAUAAAGGAUUCAAUGUGUGGUCAAAAGACUAAAGAUGGACUGUAUAGCAUUAGAAUAACGCCAUAUUUUGGGUAUAAACGUGAGACAUUGGCAGAGCUCAAUAAUGCGCUCGAUUCUGAUCAGGAUGAUGACGCUGAAUUAGAAAGAUCCAAAUGUCAGGGCAUUUAUUUCAGUCCUAUUGUGAGAAAAGCUGGUCCAAAUUCUCAACUGUUAAUCACGAGAGAAACCACAAAAUUGAAAGAAGUCAUUAAUGACCAUUUCAAGGAUCCAAAGGAUGAAUAUAUUGCGCCUAUCCUAUUCAGAACAAGAAUUAUAUCCAGAAUACAUGCAUGUCUAAAAGUAGAUUCUCUUGGAAAUUGGUACAUUAAGGACUUCAAUUCAAAAAGUGGAACUUUUUUGAACCAUAAGAGACUGUGUAUAGAUCAAGAAUCUGCUGACGUCGAACUGAAUGAUGGUGACGUAAUCCAAUUGGGUAUUGACCAUAAGAAUGGUAUCAAUGAAUUAUUUAGAUGUGUUCGAUUCAAAGUAGAAUUGAAUUUAUCCUGGAAGUUGAAAACAAAACCAUUGGAAGGGAUAAUAAAUACGAUUUCUUUAGAGAAUUCUCAAGACAAGGAACUUUGCUCCAUUUGCUUGGAAAAAAUGAGUCCAUACCAAGGUGUCUUUGUAUCUCCAUGUUGUCAUUUGUGGCACUAUAAUUGCAUUAGAAGAGUCAUUACACAGCAUUAUCCCCAGUUUGUUUGUCCUAAUUGCAGAUAUACCUCCGAUUUGGAAUCUCCCAUUGGUCUGCCCGAUGAGCUGGAUGAGUUUUAA